AGCCAUUAUAGAGAAAAAGCUCAUGCUGGUGUUCUUCCUCCCAUCAUUUCUUUGUCAACUUUUAAAAACAAAGGACUACCAUAAUGGCACUGAUGAAGCAGCUCUUUAUCCUCUGGUUCUUAGCAGUAGCAGCAGUGGCACAGAAUUCUACAGCCCCACCGACCACAACUACCCCUACUACUACUGCAACCACUGCAACCACUGAAACCCCUGCAACCACUGAAACCCCUGCAACCACUGCAACCACUGAAACCCCUGCAACCACUGAAACCCCUGCAACCACUGCAACCACUGAAACCCCUGCAACCACUGAAACCCCUGCAACCACUGCAACCACUGAAACCCCUGCAACCACUGCAACCACUGAAACCCCUGCAACCUCUGCAACCACUGAAACCCCUGCAACCACUGCAACCCCUGCAACCACGGAAACCACUGAAACCCCUGCAACCACUGAAACCCCUGCAACCUCUGCAACCACUGAAACCCCUGCAACCACUGCAACCCCUGCAACCACGGAAACCACUGAAACCCCUGCAACCACUGAAACCCCUGCAACCACUGCAACCACUGAAACCCCUGCAACAACUGCAACCACUGCAACAACUGCAACCACGGAAACCACUGAAACCCCUGCAACCACUGCAACCACGGAAACCCCUGCAACCACUGCAACCACUGCAACCACUGAAACCCCUGCAACCCCUGCAACCCCUGCAACCACUGAAACCCCUGCAACCACUGAAACCCCUGCAACCACUGAAACCCCGGCAACCACUGCAACCACGGAAACCACUGAAACCCCUGCAACCACUGAAACCCCUGCAACCACGGAAACCACUGUAACCACUGCAACCACUGCAACCCCUACUACCACUGCAAAUACUCCUACAACAGCUACAACUAUGACUACAACCACUGCAGAACCAGGUCCCUGUGUACUGAACCCCUGUCCUCUAGAAAGCACCUGUCAGGAGCGCUUAAACACUCGCAUCUGUCUUUGUAGACCAGGACUGUUCUACAGUGAAGAUCUGAAUACCUGUUCUCAUGCAAGAACUUUCCCCAGCGAUUUAAGAAUUGAAGAAGAAUUUACAGAAGAUAUGAAGAACCCUACUUCAGAAGCAUUUAAAAAAACAGCUGAUGAAAUCAUUAAAGGGAUCAGUGAAUCCUUUAAGAAACCAGAAUUCGAGUCAUUGGGGUAUAUUGGAUCAAUAGUUCUAAGUCUUAGACAAGGCAGCGUGAUCGCAGAUGUGCAGAACUUCUUUGAUGUUGCAUCAGAUGUCUCCACUGAGAAUGUAACGGAGGCAUUAAACACCGUAACUAUUAACAACAAAGUUGUCACUGUUGAUUUGAAGGACCUAUGCUCUACGGGAUACUGCGGGGUGGAUUCCACAGAGUGUUCCUUUAAAAAUGGGCUUUCCACAUGCACUUGCAAGCCUGGAUUUAUAAAGUCGGUGGUAACGGACCAGGAGUGCAUCGCCUGUCGCAGUGGUGAGAAAGCAGUAAACUCAGAUACCUGUGAAGCUUGUCCUUUUGGUUACUCUGGUUUCAACUGUGAUGAGAACUAUCUCUUGAUUGUGGUCAUUGUUGCCACUGUCCUGGGCGUACUGUUAGUUGCCAGUUUUGUGGCUGUUAUAGUUUUGAGUAGCAGAAACACACAGAAAGACAGCACCUCUUCAGAUGACGGUAUUGACUUUACCGAUAUGGAGUUUCGCAAACCUGCAGGAGUUCCCAGAGUGCCACGGGCAAACGCAGGUUCUGGCUGGCAACCAGCCAAUCUGGAACCAGCAGACAGUGGAGACACUUAUGCUCUGGUGACCAAAGGCCAACCAGAGAAAAUACCGAUGGAAAAAUACAAUUAUUCCAACAGUGAAGAUACUGGAAGAUAUAGGAGCCACCAUUCAUCCAGGAAUGAAAAAGAAUUUGGAAAUGUCAAUAGGAGUGUGUAUGGGAAUGGAAAUGGGAAUGAGAGUGCUUAUGGGUACGGGUCCAAGGCAGCGAGUAGUGGCCCUGGAAAUGGGAAUGGGAGUGCUUAUGGGUACGGGUCCAGGGCAGCGAGUAGUGGCCCUGGAAAUGGGAAUGGGAGUGCUUAUGGGUACGGGUCCAGGGCAGCGAGUAGUGGCCCUGGAAAUGGGAAUGGGAGUGCUUAUGGGUACGGGUCCAGGGCAGCGAGUAGUGGCCCUGGAAAUGGGAAUGGGAAUGCUUAUGGGUACGGGUCCAGGGCAGCGAGUAGUAGCACUACAGGCUCAAAGAAUCCCUACUAUGAGCCAUAUGAAGAUAUGCCCCGCAGAUAUUAGUUUCAGAAGAUGAAAAGUUUUACAAGUAUAUUGAUGCUCAUACUUCUCAUAUUACCAUGCUCUUCAUGCACACACACACAAACACACACUUUAAAAACUCUUUAGGUAAAGCAGUAACGUUUGUCCAGGGUGGCAUCGAACUCUAGAGACUGCAGAACGUAAUGUUGUUAGCAUCUCACUAUGACAUGCACUGCUGCCCAUUAUGACAUUUGUUUUCUUGACAGUGCAACUGUAAAUCUAUAAACAUGUAGAACCUGGCUUGUACCCAGUUUCUACUAUGACAACAGAAAAGAGUAGUUGCUGUACAGUAAUUAGUUUCAAUAAAUUUAUCAGUCACUUCCCUUGGUAGCAGGUCAGCACACUUAGCUGCAGCUGACAAGUAAUACAUAUAUUUCUCAGAACGAGGCUCAUCUCAUGCUUUACUUUUCUACUAAUUACAAAACAGCUGUCUCUCAAACAGUUCAGUGAAUUAAGCUGUUAUGUUUGCAUACCUGCAACAUAACUAAUUCUGUGCUAACUUCAUCCCUUUUGCAAGUAAAAUUUCACUCCAUUUUGGAAAAGCACUUUCAAUGUGAAUAUUGGUUUUACCACCUUUAUUAUUGCAGAGAUUUUUGGCAGUGUAGCAUGUUUUUUUUGCCCAAAGAAAUACAGUGCCUCCUUCUUGUUUUAGCCAAACGGACAGCAACAGGAUGUUGAGAAGAUGGGUGGAGUAAUAGGUAUCGCAGUCAAGGAGCUAAUUCAGGGAGUUGUUUUUCAAAGAUGUGCUGAUGCCAUUUCUAAAGAAUAUUGUUUUACAUAUUACAUUACCUAUACGUAUAAACAAUGGCUGGUCAUAUAUAUAUAUAUAUAUAUAUAUAUAUAUAUAUAUAUAUAUAUAUAUAUAUAUAUAUAUAUAUACACGUAUCUAUAUAUUGUUUAUUAUUAUUAUUAUUAUUAUUAUACGAAAACAAAUAAAUGAGUGAAGAUUAACAUUGUUAAACUGUUUGUCUGAAAGAAAUUAGUAUCACAGCAAGGGUUGUCAGACAUUUCUGGUACGUAUGUACAGGUGAGCACAUAAGUGGGAAAGAGGGAAUGCACUUUUUUAUGUGUGAAUGUAUUUAAUAUAUUGUAUAAUCAGUUCUAUGUUGUUUUGUCAGAAAAAAAAUGUGAACUGGGAAAAAAUUGUCACUUACAAUUUGUAAGGAAGAUUGUCAGAAUAUAGACUGAAGCCUAGUACACAGGUUGAGAUACAUUAGAUGACAUUUUUUCAUAGAAUUUCUGUGAUAAUUCAGUGCAAAAGAAAUUUGUGACAGGCAGUAUGUCUUUAUUUGUCUUUUUAAAUGUCUUUAUACGAUGUUAUGAUUUAAUGUUGCCUAGACUGGAUCUAGACAGGAUUUUAGUGGGUUCUCACUUUCCUUGACUGAACAAUAAAACCCAUUGUAACAUGACAUGAAAGCUGUAUUAAAUGUGUGAAAGGUGGAGGAGUGUCAAAUGUAAACCUACAUUUUAUACUCCAGUUUGUUUUUGGAUGAGAUGAGUUUAAGUGUGAAUAAAUUAUGAAUACCUAAAGAAA